AUGACUAGAUAUACAAUCACAGUUAUGAUUCUCAAUCUGGUUAUUGGAGCCUCUAUGACUGAAAGAGAUCAUUCAUCUGUGAUAAGACCGAAUGACUGUAGUGACUUGGAUAAAUCGACAUGUAAAAGUGGAAUCUACAAGAUAUACCCCAAUAAAACACCUGGAUUUGGAGUUUUCUGUGAAAUGGAAAAGCAUGGCGGAGGAUGGACUGUUUUUCAGCAUCGGAAGGUUGGGAAGGUGGAUUUUUACCUAGACUGGGAGUCGUACAAAAAUGGUUUUGGAAAAUUGGACGGAGAAUGUUGGUUAGGUAACGAGCACCUGCAUCAGAUCACAUCUCAGGGAAAGUACAAAUUGCGCAUAGACCUGCAAGAUUUUGAAAAUAAUACAAAAUAUGCAAAUUAUAAUCAUUUCGAAGUAGGAGACGAAAAAUCUGGAUACAAGCUAACGGUAGCAGGUUACGAUGGCAAUGCUGGAGAUUCAUUCACCUACCACAAUGGCCAGAAGUUCUCAACAAAAGAUAAAGAUCAUACUGGUAGAUGCGCUCAUGAAUACAAGGGAGCUUGGUGGUACAACACGUCUUGUCAUGUUAGUAACCUUAACGGUCUCUAUUUGAAGGGACACCACAAAUCGUUUGCAAAUGGUAUUAAUUGGCGCUAUUGGAAAGGAUACCACUAUUCUCUGAAAACAACAAUCAUGAUGAUCCGAAAAAAAGCCUAG